AGGAAGCGGCUGUCGAGAAUUUUGAUUUUCUUCACGAAUUGUGUUAAUUGAAAAUACUUGAGCUGACUGAUGAAGUGUCAUUUAUCUUCGGAGUUUCCCCUCGAUAUACGUUAUUCCCUUGCACCGGGGAAGGAAAUCUGCCAUCUAUCGUUCAUACGUUUACUCAUUACUCGCAUGUUUUACUUCCUUAUCUACAACCUUCGUGGUUACUUCGUUUCGAGCAGCGGUUCCGUAAAUGAUCUGAAGUGUAGCGUCGGCUGAAAUAUGUUCAAAGGCAGCCGAUCUUUCGUUAGACCUACGGAUGGCUCUUGGUCGUGGAUUGAUGAAGUAGCUAUCAAUGGUGGAUUUUGGAAGCAAACUUUUCCUGUGAAUUUUCAGGGUUUGGGACCCUUGACGAACAAUGUUGCAUCGUGGAUCAAUGGGGCGCGUAGCCUUGUGGCCUCAUAUUGUCAAGGAAGUACGGGUUCUCGAACCUGCGCUGCCUUGGAAAAACAUGACGAAAUCCAGAAAUCUGCUCAUGAACUGCUCUCUGAUGAAGUUAUUCAAAUGGUGUCAAAAGAAGACCUGUCACAAGCAAUUGCGACAUUGCCCUAUGGCUUACGAACACGUUUCGCUGAAGAGACCAUGUACCUGGCGGACGCGAUAUUCUCGAACGCGAAAAAGACAUGGAACACAUCUUACACGUCGUGGGGAAGCUUCGAACUUGAUUCCAGGAUGCCUUGCAGUCCUAAGCAACUAAUGGACAUGACAUUUGGUGUUCGGGGGCUGCGUCCGCAGAUUCAGAACCUUGUCAGGAAUCAUCAGUUGCUCUCUGGAUCGUUAUUGCAGCAUGAUAUUGGCGUGCAAAUGGAACAACGUCGGGGAUUCAAAACGUACAGACGCAGAACUCUCAUGAAUUCAUCAGCUGGUGACGAAGGAGGUGGGUCGAAGUCCUUUUUGCGAAAAACUCCUGACACGACUGCCGGCAAAAUGAAACUAUUUUCGGAGAAUGAGCGUUAUGAUAAAUUACGCAAUCCGAGCCUUUCUGUCGUAGAACAAGAGAAGAUCAAGGUUGCCUUUGCUGAAGGCUAUCUGGCUGCUGGGGAUCCAAAUCGCGCCCAAAGUCGCGCUGUCCGUUUUCUGCGCGCUUUUCAGCAAAUUCUGAUGAUCACGGUUUUCCUCGCAUUGCUUUUCUCCCUCAUGGGCAAUGUGGGACCGGGAAUGUUUCGCGUUUCUGUCGGGAACGGAAACGAAGUCAUGCCGGAAGACAUUACGGAGACGUUCGAUGACGUAAAGGGAGUGGACGAAGCCAAGCAGGAAUUGCAGGACGUUGUGGAGUUUUUGCGGAGUCCCAAACGUUUCGUUACGUUGGGUGGGAAAUUGCCGAAAGGGGUUUUGCUGGUUGGACCUCCUGGAACCGGUAAAACUUUGUUGGCAAGAGCUGUUGCCGGUGAAGCUGGAGUGCCGUUCUUCCACGCUGCUGGACCAGAGUUCGAUGAAGUUCUUGUUGGCCAAGGUGCUCGUCGCGUUCGCGAUCUUUUCCGAGCUGCCAAAGCUCGGGCCCCGUGUGUAGUAUUCAUCGAUGAAAUCGACUCUGUUGGAGCAAAGAGGACGAAUUCGAUCCUGCAUCCUUACGCCAACCAGACGAUCAAUCAACUGCUCGCAGAAAUGGAUGGGUUUGUGCAAAACGAGGGUGUGAUUGUCCUGGGAGCCACAAAAAAAUCUCGUCCGGAGAGAAAAAGUAGAAUCCCCGACGAAGAAACGAACAAGUUGACUGCUUUCCACGAAGGUGGACAUGCUUUGGUAGCGUAUUACACGAAAGAAGCUCAGACGCUUCACAAGGUUACAAUUAUCCCUCGUGGUCCUUCACUUGGACACCAAGCGACGUCGUUGGCUGCACACAUGGUGAAAGAAUUCGGGAUGAGUGAGCGAGUUGGUCUUCGGUUUCAUGACAGGCAAGAUGGGAGCCUCGUUGUCGUGAAUGAAAACAGUCCUUCCACCAGUGAAGCCAUCGAUUCCGAAAUCAAUCGCUUGCUGAAGGAAUCACAUGGCCGUGCCACAAAUAUCCUCAAGGAGCACAGAAAUGAGCUGAACCUUCUCGCAGACGCUUUAUUGAAGUACGAAACGUUGGACGUUGAAGAUAUCAAGGCGAUUGUGGAAGGAAAGGACAUAGUGGCCAUCAGUGGCCGCCACGAGCGCCACAAAAGUACGCCACUCCCGAAACAAACUACCCCGUUUCCCUCUAGUCGUCCAGCAAACGGUGCCCCGUUGCCCACUGGGGAAGUUGUUUUCGCGAUGGCUGCGCCUCCACCGGUGGUUCCGCAAUUAUGGUCGGCCUCCGCGAAAAUGUCUGAAAAAGUGCGAUACGCGACGUUGUAUCCGGCGUAUAUAAAUAGCAACAAGAAGCUUUGCGAAGGACGGCGAAUAGCGAAAGAAAAGUGUGUCCCGGAUCCGAAUGUGAACGAGAUGAAGGACGUUUUGCUCAGUGCGGGUUUCAACGUGUUCUUGGAGCCGAAGAUUUUCCCGAGGGAGAGGAUCAAGAAUCCCACGUAUUACGGGAAGGUCAGGGUCCAGAUUAGGAAUGACGACGGAACGCCGUUCAAAUCCGAGAUUCCCAACAAAAAUGCCGUUAUGGAGCACCUGUGCGAGAUGAUCCCAAAACUUAAAUCCAGGACGCAGCAGCGACAAGGAGCCCAAGGCGGUGGUGCUGCGCCCAGUGGUGGUGCCACGAGUGGUGGUGGUGGCGGUGGUGCCGGAGGCAAAAAGAAGAAAGGCCGUCGUUGA